CGCACCCCGCAGCCCGACGCUGACCUUCCCAAGAUGGCGGCUCCGCCCCGUCCCCUAGAUGACGGCCCCGCCUUUCCCCGCCCUCCCCGUCAUGGCGACCGGAAGUGGAAUCGCGUCACUUCCUCUAAGCCCCGCGGCCUGGUUGUUCUUUUCAAGAUGGCGGCGCCUGCCGCCUCCCCGUCGUUCCUGGGCCUGGGCCCAGCUUCGCGGGAUCCCGCCGCCGUCCGCCGCCGCUCCCGCGGCUCCCGCAACCGUAAGAAGAGCUGGAAGCGCUGGGCCGGCCCUGAGGCGCAGCUGGGCCGGGAGAUCGGUGAUUUCUUGGAGGACGUGGCGCUGCAGCAGCGGGCCACGGGGGGGCUGAUCGCAGAGCAGCCGGACGAGGGGCUCUUCUUCGUGGACACGGGCAACGCCGAGAAGGAUCGGCGGCUGAACAAGGGCAAGGAGAAGCCCCUGCACGUCGACCUCGUCCUGCAGCCCGACUCCAAGGUGCCGGCACCCAAAAAUAUUUUGGCGCACCAGAUCCCCAACGGGCGGAAGGAGAAGCGGCGCCGGGAGUUUUGGCGGAGGCAGGAGGAGAAGGGGGUGCUGCCCCGCGCCGAGCGGCGCCUGCGCGCCCGGUUACAGCGAGGGGGGGUCCCGCCACCGGAGAAAGCGCCGGAAAAGGGGCGCUCGGACCCCGAAAGGGGCUUCUACGACAUCUGGGCGGCCGAUAACCCCCUGGAGCGGGCGCUGGCGGGGCAGGACGGCUGGUUCCUGCAGCAGACCAAGAAGCAGAGGGUGAAGCGCCCCGCCAGGCUGCGGACGAAGCCCUCGCAGGUCCCCGCCGUGGAGGUCAUUGCCGCCGGCGGCUCCUACAACCCCACCUUCGAGGAUCACCAGGCGCUGUUGCUGCGGGCGCACGAGGUGGAGGUGAGGAAGAAGAGGGCGGAGGACAAGGUGGAGCGGCAGCUGAGCAUCCCCGCCGGCACCCAGCUCCCCACUGCGGCGACGGUGUUCCAGGAGCAGUGCGAGGGGCUGCUGGAGGAGUCGGGGGACGAGGAGGACGGCGAACCGCCGCCGGCACAACCCGAGGACGCCCCAAAACCGGCGCCGCGGCGGGAGAAGAAGACGGAGCAGCAGCGCCGGCGGGAGAAGGAAGCCCGAGCCCUGGCGUGCCGGCAGCGCCGGGAGAAGGCGGCGCGGUGCCGGCGCCAGGAGAUCUUCCGCCUGCGCUCGCUCCGGCGGCAGGUGAAGCGGUGGGAAGCAGAGCUGCUGCGGCGCCGGCAGGCGCGUUUGGCCAAGUGCCGGGCUAAGGACGCGCUGCCCCGGCGUUUGGGGCGACUCAAGUAUGAGGACCCCAGCCUGGAGGUGCAGCUGAGCGACGAGCUGGCCGAGUCGCUGCGCACGCUGAAGCCCGAGGGCAGCGUCCUGCGCGACCGCUUCAAGAGCCUGCAGAAGAGGAACCUGAUCGAGCCGCGGGAGAGAGCCAAAUUCAAGAGGAGAUACCGGCUGAAAUACGUGGAGAAGAGAGCUUUCCGGGAAGUGACGUGAGUGGGGCCCCCCCCGGGCCCCCCCCCCAGCACCCCAAUAAAACCCUUUGCACCGG